CUAGUAGUCUUGGGAAUGGGAUCAGACUAUAGUGACACCAAAUACACACAUAUUUUAAUCAAUUCUCGUUUCUUGUCGUCUGAUCCCAAGAACUAACACUACGAACGAGUGAUCAGAUUGUGGUCAGCAAUGAACUGUUGGACGUCAUCGACGGGCAGAGACUGUUCCGCUGGGAAUCUCUUGUGCGGCGGAACCACUCAUUCGUCCACUUCUUCCUCAGCACCACAACCGUCACAGUCGUCUUCAUCGUCCUCGUCGUCGGCCAUCACCCCAUCGAAGGCCAGCAGUAGUUCAUCGCGAGUGUCGACAAUGUCUCGUGUAUUGGAUUAUCUGUAUAUAUCUUCGGCGCGAUGUAUCACAUAUGCAAACAUUAAUAAAUACAAAAUCACUCAUAUUAUCAACGCUACCAUCGAAGUCCCCAUUAUUCACUUGAAUGGCAUUAAGACCAUUAGAAUUCCCGUUAACGACAAAAUAGAUGAAGACAUCGCCAGAUAUUUCGACGACGUCUCGGACUUCAUAUACGACGUGUCCAACAGUGGCGGAAGAGUUUUGAUCCACUGUAUGGCAGGGAUCAGCCGUUCAGCCGCUUUUCUUAUCGCAUAUUUGAUGAAAUACUUGCGAAUGAGUCUCAAAGACGCCUACAAUUUGUUACACAAGAAGAGGCCAAUCGUUCGGCCGAACGGAUCCUUCUUUCGACAACUGAUUGACUUCGAGUGGAGACUCUUCGGCAAGAAUUCGGUGAAAAUGAUUUAUUUGGAUCACAUGAACAUCGAAGUGCCCGACCUUUUCGUACACGAGUACAAAAAGAUGGUCCUCUUGGAGGCCAUCAUCGCCCGCACCCGACACUCGCAUCACCGCAGCUAUGGAUCCAAAGCUAAUCUAAUUGAUGGAUAAGUCACUCGUGU